GUUGCCGCCGCCGCCGCCGCCUCUGUUGCUGGGGGUGGGUGAGAGGAGGGGCUGAGAAGGACCCUGCACUGGCAGACUCACUGGCUGUUUUUGUACCUGAGGGGCCUCCUUUCUCCGUCACACCUUGAGUCCCGCGGUGUCGAGGGGCAGUCCCUGGGGACACCUCGGCACGCAGCGGACAUGCCUCUCUUUGCCACCAACCCCUUCGACCAGGAUGUUGAGAAAGCAACUAGUGAGUUGAAUACUGCUGAGGACUGGGGCCUCAUCUUGGAUAUUUGUGAUAAGGUUGGCCAAUCUCGCACAGGACCUAAAGAUUGUCUUCGUUCUAUUAUGAGAAGAGUGAACCAUAAAGACCCCCAUGUUGCUAUGCAAGCUUUAACUCUUCUAGGAGCAUGUGUAUCAAAUUGUGGCAAAAUUUUUCACUUAGAAGUAUGUUCAAGAGACUUUGCUAGUGAAGUAAGCAACGUACUAAAUAAGGGUCAUCCUAAAGUAUGUGAAAAAUUAAAAGCUCUUAUGGUUGAAUGGACAGAUGAAUUUAAGAAUGAUCCACAGCUUAGUCUGAUAUCUGCAAUGAUUAAGAACCUUAAGGAACAAGGUGUAACAUUCCCAGCUAUUGGCUCUCAGGCUGCAGAACAAGCGAAAGCAAGCCCAGCUCUAGUAGCUAAGGACCCUGGCACUGUGGCUACUAAAAAGGAAGAAGAAGAUUUGGCAAAGGCUAUUGAGUUGUCCCUCAAGGAACAAAGGCAGCAGUCAACCCCCCUCUCCACGUUGUAUCCAAGCACAUCCAGUCUCCUCACUAACCACCAACACGAAGGCAGAAAAGUUCGCGCUGUGUAUGAUUUUGAAGCUGCUGAGGAUAAUGAGCUUACUUUUAAAGCUGGAGAAAUUAUUACAGUCCUUGAUGACAGUGAUCCCAACUGGUGGAAAGGUGAAACUCAUCAAGGCAUGGGCCUUUUUCCUUCUAAUUUUGUAACUGCAGAUCUUACUGCUGAACCAGAAAUGAUUAAAACAGAGAAGAAGACAGUACAAUUCAGUGAUGAUGUUCAGAUAGAGACAAUAGAACCAGAACCAGAACCAGCCUUUAUUGAUGAGGAUAAAAUGGACCAGCUGUUACAGAUGUUGCAAAGUACAGAUCCCAGUGAUAAUCAGCCAGACUUACCAGAGUUACUUCAUCUUGAAGCGAUGUGUCACCAGAUGGGACCUCUCAUUGAUGAAAAGCUGGAAGAUAUUGAUAGAAAACAUUCAGAACUCUCAGAACUAAAUGUGAAGGUGAUGGAAGCUCUUUCAUUGUAUACCAAGUUAAUGAAUGAAGAUCCAAUGUAUUCUAUGUAUGCAAAAUUACAGAAUCAGCAGUAUUAUAUGCAGUCAUCUGGUGUUUCUGGUUCCCAGGUUUAUCCAGGGCCUGCUCAGAGUGGUACCUACCUGGUUGCAGGGAAUGCACAGCUGACCCAUCUGCAGAGCUACAGCCUUCCCCCAGAGCAGCUGUCUUCUAUCAGCCAAGGAGCAGUUCCACCCUCUGCAAACCCAGCUCUUCCUAGUCAGCAGACCCAGGCGUCUUACCCGAAUGCAAUGGUUAGUUCUGUUCAAGGAAAUUCGUAUCCCAGCCAGGCUUCAAUAUAUAGUCCUCCUACUGCUGCUGCUGCUGCUGCUGUAGUACCUGUACCUGUUCCUGUACCUGCUGCUGUACCUGUACCUGCUGAUGUCACCAUAUACCAGAAUGCAGGACCUAACAUGUCUCAGGUGCCAAACUAUACUUUAACAUCAUCAACCCUGCCUCAAACAGGAGGCAGCCAACAGCCACCUCAGCCACAGCAAGCAUAUUCUCAGAAGGCUCUGCUAUAGAACUUGAUGUUCAUCUUGGUGGCAUAUUUCUGCUGAAUGCCACUGACAAUGCUAGGAGAUUCAGUAACAUCCCAAGAUUGGUUUUUCCUCAGCUUAUAAGAGUCUAUCUUGGUCAAGUUCAUAAUACUCAAGAAGGUAGAACUGUCUUCAAUUUGCACUGACUUUUUAGAGGAAUGCCCCUCCCCCGAGGAAUGAAACUACAACAUUUAUUUCCUUUCAUAAUAUGAAGAAUUGUUACAAGAUUAUUGUCUUGUAAAAUUACCUGGUCUGCAACACUCAAAAGAUCAAAAACUGCUGUGGCAAAUGUUAUGUACAUAGAUUGACAUGUAACUUCAUUAGUGACCAUUUGAAUUACAAUGGUGAUCAUGUGAAUAUAUUUAACACUGUGUUAAAUUAAUUUACAUUGUUUUAUUUUAAUCAUGAACAAGUAUGUUUGCUAAUGUUUUGUGUAAAUUUAAGAUAAGUACACUAUCUUUUUAAGCUACAAGAGAACCAAGCUGUAGCACAUUGACCUGAAGGCAUUGUCCUGUUGUAGUGUCACAUUAAAUUGAACCUUUUACUAAUUGUGAGCAAAACAUGUAUGUUAUAUCUUCCUGUUGCUCCUGCCCACUACUGGUUGUCUCACACCAGCAUACAGUAGCCACAUUUUUGGUGCAAUUAGAGGAAAAUAAUAUUCCCUUUAAACUUUUAUAUUUUGGCAUGAUGUUCCAGGUAUUGUGGACCAUGAGACAAAAAUUAGUCUUUUUAUUUUAUUUGGAAAGAAGUAACAUUGAUUAACUUUUUCAUAGUUGACCGUGGUGAUUAGGUUUUUAAAGCUGUGUUCUGUGUUUAUUGGUAGCAGUGACACCAAAGAUAGAGGUGAUGCACAUGGAGAGUUUUCAACUGGAAAAAAAAAAAAAGGAACUAACACUACGUUUUCAAAGUCUCUUGUAAUUUUUAGGAUAUAAACAAAAUUUGAUUCACUUGUCUUACCCCACUAGUUUUUUUUUUUAAAUGUCAUUGACACAUUGUAUCUUUUAAUUCUCAUUAAAAUGGAUAUGAAUAGGUGUUUCAAAGUAAUUUAUAUUCUGAUUUUGUUUAAUAGCUUUUAUAUUUAUUGUUAAGUUUCAAACUGGAGUCUAAGUUUUUUCCUCUUGAUCUCUGUCUCAUUUGAAGUUCUAUUAGAAUUAUUUUUGCUUAUUUAGAAGUAAUUUUAAUGAAUUAUUUUAAUCCAUACAAAAAAUCCACUGACAUUUUAGUCAUAAAUAUUUAUAGUUCCCCUGAUUGUACUAUACUAUUAUUUAAAUAACCUAAAAUUUGAGUAUCAUGUUUCCUAGAUUUGCAUUUCUGAGAUUUGUUUUCUUUUUGACAAAUGACUUCAGCUUUGGCAAAUAAUGUUGAGAGUUGUUAACUCACAGAUUCAUAUUUACAGCUCUUUCACUCUUAGUUUUACUUGAGUUUAAAGUAUGUCACCACCAAAUUGUAAUGUUAAGAUUCUAAUUCAGGUGCCACAUUUUAAAGUAGUUUCUUUUUUUUUAAGAAAACGUCAUAAACAGGUAGAUUAUAAUCUUUUUUUGUUCCAAUUUAAAUAUUAUGGUAUACGUGAUAUACUUUUCUUCAGGUCAUACUGUGUUUUCCUUGUAUUUUUAUAAGUUUCUGUUUACAACUAACUAUAUUCCCAUUUUAAUUUUGAUACCUUCAUGUUAAAAAACAACAACAACAAAAUAGUCUCCAGUAUGCAUCUUACCCUUUAAGUAUGUCAGUGGUGAACUGAAAAGAAGAAAAGCUACCCAUUUUACAAUGCAUAUAUAUUGUUUUGUAUUAGAUUACCAAGCAGAUAAAGAGAUGAAUGGGUGACUGGUAUGGACUCUGUCUUAGUGACUUCACUUGGGUAACUGGGCAGAAAAGUUCAGUUGUAAUGAGGCACCGACCUUUUAACUUUCAAGUAGCUUGCGUGACUAGGGAAGAAAAUGGGUUAAUGGGGUUCGCAAGUAGUUCUGUUUGAAAUACUAUGCAAGUUGCACUUGAAGAAAACCUUUGCUGGGUGUGAUGAUGACGAUGAUGAUGAUGCACACCUUUAAUCCCAGCACUCAGGAGGAGGAGGAGGCAGGGGGAUCUCUGAGUUUGAGGCCAGCCUGGCCUGCUGAGAGUAAGCUCUAAGCCUGCCAGGCUACAUAGUGAGAUCCUGUCUCAAGAACCAAAUAGCAGCAACAGCAGCAACAAAUUUUUUUGACAGCCAUCCAUAAUUUGGUAAAUAGACUGUUUAAAAAACUGUCUCUAUAGAGUAAACAUCUAUGAAGGAGAUGCUUGGUUUAUUCCUUUUUAGAGUUUGAGAAAUGUUCUUAUAAAGAUGAGCCCUGAAGGAGACAGACUGCAGCUGUGUCCUGUGCUGCAGUCCCCAUAGUGUUGGGUGUGAUAAUAAUGUCACUGCCUGAGAUCAGUAGUUGUGGCCUACGCUUUGUACUAAGAGAAUUUUUAUAGGCUUUCCUGACCCUUUGACCUUCUAUCACUGUUCCCUGUCACCUCUACUUGGCUAGGGACAUUUUUCUAAGAUGUGCCCAGACAUGCCCUUCUUACUCACUUCUUCCUUAGUUACUUCUGGAACAUUUCUUUCCUCUUCCCUUUUAAUACUCAAAGUGUUCAAUAAAUCAGCAUCGUUCAUUUCUAAUAUAGAGGGCUUUCAUGUGUGACAUCUGUCUCUUGGAACUUGAAAAUGGUCUUUGUCCAGUGCUUAAGUUUGUAUUAGAUGAGUGUCCUGCAUAAUAAACUGUACAGCUCUAACAAACUGUAGAAAUUAUUUUCUAAUAAGAAGUUCAUUGGUAAGAUUGGGCAUAUUUUCAUGCAAUGUACAUUAAAAUCACUGUUUUAUUUUUUUACUUA